AUGAGUAAACGGAGAUCAUCAGAAGAGCAUUGCGGGGGAUAUGAAUUAAAUGGUAAUGCCGUGCUUUGUUCAGACCCACCUUGUGAUCAUGAAUGGGUUCCUAUAGAAUUGUACCCUAGUCAUGUCAGCCAGAUGCACGAGAACGUAUGUACGCAAUGCUUAAGGAACUUUGCUAGUGAGUAUUGGAUGGAAUUACAUAUCGAAGAAUUUCAUAAUCCGUUCAAGAACGGUAAUUACAGGCUAAGAUGCCUGGAACAAGAUUGUUCGAUGACGUUUUCAAAUUCAAACGAGAGAAUCGAUCAUUUAAAGAGACACCAUUACUAUAGUGAUCAGUUUGACUUUGAUAUUUUAAAUAGUGGUUGCUGA